UCUUCUCUAGUUUAACGCCUCCAUCGAGGAAGAGGAACGUGUUUGCUAUUUAUUUAUCUGUAAAGCAUGCACACAAAUACACAACUUUGCAAACUUGUUUAUUGAUUUUAAAACCGAUGACGUCAGUGUGUUUAAUUCUCAUCACAAUAGAGUAUCAUCUCAUAGUAUUAAUACAACAUCCUCUGAACAAUGAAUCGAGAUUUCAGCUUUAUGUUGUUUCUUAUUCAUUUCACCGUAUGUACGUCAUGUGUUAGUCUUUGUUUAUUUGUUGUAUUUUAUGAUAAAUAUCAUUAUCGAUGGAUAUUUUACACUCCAGGUCUGUUUUUAGACUCGCACCUUAAUAAAAUGUUGUUUAGAGUCAUUUCUGAUGUUUAAUAGCCAGAGGUGGGGUUCCCCGGGGGUUCCACAAGGUUCCCCCCUCGGCCCCAUUCUGAUCAAACUAACAGGAGGAAAUAGUCUAUUUUCAGAGGCGGAUUAAUCCAGAUUUGGGGCUCUAGUGGGUAUUUAUAUGUGGGAUUGAGUCUUUGCAUGUCUGGUGCAUGCAGGUUAAUGUGUUUCAUAUACAUGUGUGUGUGUGUGUGUUCUCUCUCUCUCUCUCUCUCUCAGCCCAGAGAGGAUUGUGGGAAUCGGUCGUCAUGGCGGCUCCGGUGAACAUCCAGACGCCCAGUAAGACCUGGGAGCUGAGUCUGUAUGAGCUUCACAGGAGUCCUCAGGAGGCGAUCAUGGACGGGACGGAGGUGGCGGUGUCCCCUCGCUCUCUGCACAGCGAGCUGAUGUGUCCCAUCUGUCUGGACAUGCUGAAGAACACCAUGACGACCAAAGAGUGUCUUCACCGCUUCUGCUCCGACUGCAUCGUCACCGCGCUGCGUUCAGGGAACAAAGAGUGCCCGACCUGCAGGAAGAAGCUGGUCUCCAGGCGUUCGCUGCGCCGGGACUCGAACUUCGACGCGCUGAUCUCCAAGAUCUACCCGAGCCGGGACGAGUACGAGGCCCACCAGCGCCGCGUCCUGGAGCGCCUCAACCGGCUGCACAACAAGGAGGCGCUGAGCUCCAGCAUCGAGGAGGGGCUCCGGCAGCAGGCUCGCUACAGGAACCACCGGGUGAAGAAGCCGGCCCAGGAGAGCGACAACACCACCUUCAGCGGCGCCGAGGACAACGGCGACGCCCGCUCACACCUGUCUCACGACUCCGCCCCCUCGCACACCCCCCUCCCUCCGGGUCAGACCCCCUCGGAGGCCGGGCCGAGCCGCAAGCGGCCGCGGGCAUCGGACGAUGGUGUCGGCGGCGUCGUCUCGGGCCCCGAGGCGGACAGCGGAAGCCCCGCCCCCCCGCCGAGGCGCCACAAGGAGAGGCCGGCCUCGGAGAUCGAGCUGGUGUUCAGGCCGCACCCGGAGCUGGUCCAGGCCGAGGACUACAGCCAGACCAGAUACGUGAAGACGACCGCCAACGCCACAGUGGACCACCUGUCUAAGUACCUGGCUCUGCGCAUCGCUCUGGAGGAAGGACUGACCAACGGGGAGACGGAGGACAGAGGACGGGAGGAGACGAGAGGAGGAGGAGAGGAGACGGGAGGAGGAGGAGGAGAGGGCUCGAGUCUGAGGAACAUCAGUGAGAAACAGUACACCAUCUACAUCAUGACGAGAGGAGGACAGUUCUCUACGCUGAACGGCUCUCUGACUCUGGAGUUGGUCAACGAGAAGUACUGGAAGGUGAGGAAGCCUCUGGAGCUCUUCUACGCUCCCACCAAGGAGCAGCAGCAGCAGCUGGCACAGAAGUCUCCCCCCACACAGACACAGAGGGAGGGGUGAGGGGGGAGAUCCACUCCUUCUGAAGCUGGAAGGUCACGGCUCAUUAUCAGCGCAGCUUUUUUCCGGCAUUAAGAUUUGAUUACGUUUUUGAAGGAUUUACAUGGAAGAAGAAAAAGAUAUAUAGAAACCACUGAAUAGCAGCUUCUGUGGUUAAUAAGGCUUCAUGUGACGAUAAUAAUCCGUUAUUAUAAACCAACACUGGGCGAUGGACCUGCAGAUUUCAAACAAAGACUUCGUCCUCUUGUUUCAGUUUGAAUAUGUUAUUACCUAAAGAAUACUCAACGAUUGCAAACGUUUAAAAAGUCUCCACAUCUGGAAAUCUGAAAUUGUUUUAGUGCAGGUGAAAAAAAAAGUCCUGAUUCUGAAAUACACACUUUACUUUAAUCUCUUAUCAACACAUUUAAACAGAGGACACCAGCUUCAGCCAGGAGGGAACAAGUCCACUUCACUAAAAUCAUGUUUUGGGUCCAAAUGUACAAUAUUUGACAUUUCGUCAUAAUUAUAGAAUAUUAAGUUGCAAUUUGUAGGUGACAAUAUGGAAGUUCUGGACUCGCUCUGCUGGUUUAAUCGCUUUAAGACUUUAGUCUCUUUCUGCAGUAAGAUCAAAGACAAAAAAAAAAAAAAAAGUUCAGUAACUUCAAUCUGUUUAUGAAAUCUUUUGCAUAAUUUCAUUUCUAAGAAGGUGACUGAAGCUCUUUGCUGCUCAUGGUUCACCGUUUCCUGUCUAAACCUUUAAUGUUUAACGAGGUUACACAACGUUCAGUCAUUCCCGAUUCUUUUUAAACUGCCUAUCCCAGCAUGCACUGGGGUAGGACUGCAUAUUUUAGGAGCAAUAUUUUAGAUGGUUUAAAGUUGGUUUUAUUCCUGAGUUUUAAAGAAGUGUCGGCUCUGUUACACGUUAGCGCUGUAGCAGCCGCUCUGCAUGAGUUCCUUUAACUGUCCACAGGGUUUCCUCCCAAUAAGCCAUAAGUCUCAUUUCCGUGUAUACGCACUUUAUUUCCUGCAGCCAUAUAAGUUCUUAGCUUACCUCAGUCUCUAUGAAAUAUUUGUAUAUUAAGAACAAUAUUUCCCUUUUCUUCUGUUGUAUAAUUAAACUCGUCAGCCAUGCAGCACAAUAAAACUAUAAAACACA